AGUUUAAAACUUCUUUCAAAAAUGCACGAAGUUUUUUUUUUGGUUUUUAUGGAAUAUCUCAGUAUUGAAAACUAAUUUUGGGGGUCUGUUUCUAUAAUGGUACGUUCGUUUGAGGGCUUAUUUCGCACUGAGUGCCGCACUCAGAGCUGUCAAAGUGUUUGUUUGAAUAAACUCGCGCUAGUUCCGCACGAGUUUCACCUCCAUCUUGGAACUGAAACUCUAGUGCUUUUCGAUAUAUUUUCAGUUUGAUGCGAGUUCCACGCACACUGACAAAUGACGUUCGAUUGAACCAAAACUGGCACCGACGAGUGCGUCACUCAGUGCCGCACCGGCUCUUUAAACGAACGUACCAUAAGUUUACAAUAAACUAGCGCUCCUAUUCCGUGUACGUAUCGGUUGUUGCGUUUGACACGGAAUACGUAAUCGAUUCGAAUUGAAUUCCGUUUCAGAAUUCCGAUUGGUUGACUGGGAAUAAUUUUCACUUGUACUGCACAAAAUUUCAAAAUUCUAAUGAUAAUGGCAAACACGACAAUGUAGGUUAGGGUAGAGUAUGAGACACGGGGAACAAUGAUAAAAUGGCUCUCACAAGUAGUAGUUUCAACCAAACAAGCUCAUAUUUUGGGGAAAGGUGUGUCUACACGAUACACGUCUGCCAUAAUAGUGGCUUUGGUUAUGGAAGCUCCCUUGAAAAGUUAUUCAUUAAUGUUCGAUUCUGGGGUGUAAAAGUAAAUUGUGGACAAAAAUUAGUUUUUCGCUCAUAGGCUGCCAUAAACACCAAAACUAACAUUUCUCCAGAUUUUUUUCGACGUUUCAUAGGGAAUGAGUUGGGGUACAAUGUCCUUUCAUUUGGUUUGACCAAAAUUAAGAAUAUACCCAGAAUCCAGGGCUGCCUCAUUGUUCCCCACUCCUUUCAGCCCAUGGGUAACAAUGAGACACUUUGAUUUUUCUUCUUUUCAAAAUCUAUGUAACUAGGGCGUUCAAUUUUCCCGGGUUUUGAAUUUCCCGGGAAACGGGAAAAAUAUUUUUGAAAUCCCGGGAAUUCCCGGGAUUCCGGGAAUUUUAAAAACAUCAAUAAAAUCUAUGUUUUCAAGCUAAAAAUCAUGGAUUUAGCUCAAUACUGUUCAUUGGUGAAAAUCUACUCUUCAAUCUGAACAAGAAUAGCCGUUUUUAGAUAGCUUGAAAGAUUAGUUUUUGUUCUUUGUUGUGCUUUGGUUUUUCAAUGUAUCAAAAUAUUUAAUCCAGUGUGAUUCAAAUUAAAUAAGUCUCUUAUAAAUACAUAUUUUUAAUUUUUUAUAUGACAUGACCAGAAAAGCUUCAACAUUUUUUUAAAAAUGUCUAAAACAACAAAUAAAAAAAACAGCAAAUAAAAUCAUACCAACUGUUCGCGCGUAUGGUCGGUUCGGGGAUUUCGGACCCAGAAAAACACCGUUUUUACACAAUUUAAAACACUUUAUUACGCGAACAGAAAAACGUUUAUUCUAACGUGCAAACGGUCGGGUGUAGUCAACGGUUUAUUUAAGACUAUAAUCUAAAGGGGACAGUACAUGAGAAGCGAGCCGGGGAGAGAUCAAAGUGAGCGAGGAUCACCUCUGCUCACUCUGCUCACUUCAGGGACAGACAGGGACAGAAUACAUUUAUUUGCGGAUCACAUUUAGGCUAGUAGAAUUUAGAAGUUGAUCUCUCGCGCGAUCAUACCGGCCGCCUUGGAAUCACUCGGAUUCAAACAUUCUUCUCGUCUGUUUUGAUUCUUAUCUUCGUCUCUUAUAUACUACUUCUACUGUUCUGCUGUUACCCUAGGUCAAGAUUGGUCAUUGUUUUCCUUAUGUACUACGAUCGCGGCUGCGGCCGUCGAUCGAACACGGACAAUAGAUAUUGUUCUUCUGCUGGGCUGUAAACAUCGUGCAUUUCGCUGCAGUCGAAAAUGCACCGAUUUUUCGUCGAAAUCUGCUGUUCUCUGGACCGGACUGGACAUCGGACGAUCAACCUGGAUGCCGCGCUGCUGCUGGAGACACUUCUGGGGUUGAUUGGUGUCGUGAUGCUCUGCAAAUCGUUGAUUUUUCGUUCUUUCAGGUGCUGUUUCAUCAUGGCGUCGAUCGACAGCAGGUCGACCUUGAACUUGAGCUGGAACUGGGAUGUGCUGCUACCGUCUGCUGGUAUUCACCGGAAACAGACAGAUCGACUCGACGUUCCACGACGCGACCGCGCAAGACAGAUUGCGAACUGUACGACCCAGUAUUGACAGCAGCGACAAGGGAAUCGACCAGGGAAUUCCAGAGGACCAGACAGAACAACACAACACUCAUGCAACCUGACCAGACUAAUAAAAACUCUCGUGCAAUUUUAUUUUCAAAAGCCACUUUAUUUCUCCGCAAAGAGCCAAACUAGCCGAGCCACCGUUUACGUGCAAAAUACUCUCCUGUAUCUCCGUCUUGAUCCGCCAAAUCCGUCCCGAAAGCUCCAACCGCCAA